AUGAAGCAAUCCUUACCGCCCAACCAUCCCUUGGCUGGGUUAAUGCAUUCAUCUCCGCCAAGUGCAGCCGCCCUGUAUCAACAACAACAAAUGAACCGCUUACAUUAUUAUCAUACCCGACCGCCCGUUUAUGUCAGCAAACCUUCCUUUGGUUUGAAGGAUUUUGAACUGCUCGAUACUCUAGGAACGGGUACCUUUGGUCGUGUGCACCUUACCAAAUUCAAACAGACCAACAAAUACUACGCUAUGAAAGUGCUCAAGAAAUCCGAAGUGAUUCGAUUAAAACAAGUCGAACAUCUUUUGUCAGAAAAGCAAAUAUUAGCGUCCGUUCGUUUUCCCUUCAUCGUGGAUCUAUUUUGUACCUUUCAAGACGACGUGAAUUUGUACAUGUUAUUAGAGUAUGUGGUUGGUGGCGAGCUAUUUUCGCAUCUACGGCGCGCCGGUCGCUUUACGAACGAUAUGACUCGAUUUUAUGCUUCAGAAAUCGUAUUAGCCAUUGAAUAUCUGCAUUCAAAAGAUAUUAUUUACCGAGAUUUGAAGCCGGAGAACUUGCUCGUCGAUCAUCAAGGUCACAUCAAAAUUACCGAUUUCGGAUUCGCCAAAAAGGUGGUGGAUCGAACAUGGACAUUGUGCGGUACCCCUGAAUAUCUGGCACCCGAAAUUAUUCAGAGUAAAGGUCACGGAAAGGCCGUCGAUUGGUGGGCACUUGGCAUCCUUAUUUUUGAAAUGCUGGCAGGAUACCCUCCUUUCUUUGACGACAAUUCGUUUGGCAUUUACGAAAAGAUCCUUGCGGGCAAAGUACAAUUUCCGGCCCAUUUUGAUCCACUGGCCAAGGAUUUACUAAAGCGGCUGCUAGUGGGUGAUCGAAGCAAACGAUUAGGCAAUCUCAAGGGAGGCUCGGAGGAUGUGAAACGGCACAAAUGGUUUAGAGGUGUUGACUGGCUAGGUUUACUGGACAAGAACGUGCUGGCACCGAUUGUUCCGCCUUAUCAUCAUCCUGGUGAUACCGGUAAUUUUGAAAAAUAUCCAGAAACUGUGGAGAUCGAGACCGAUGUUCACACGGGCGAGGAUCCGUACAAGCAUUUGUUUGUGGAUUUUUCAUCUUGA